AUGGAAGAACCACUUUCUCUUUGGGCCACCCAGAUGCCAUCAAAACCCACCCAGACGCCUUUUAUGAUGGACGAUGCAAUGGAUGACGCAAUGGACACAAUCCCAACCCCUUGCAGGAUCAAGACAAAGUUUCAGCACCUUGCAGAACGUAACAUUGCAUUUCCAGCCAGCCAUGACCGCUCAGAAAACUAUUGGUGGACAAUAUCUGAGCGUGUCUUACCAUGCAAUGCUCCUGCCAUCACAGAUAUGCAAGAUUUGUCUGCCAAGUGGCCCACCUCAAAGCUAGCUUUGAUGGGUUGCCAGUAUUCUCCAGCAUUCUUGGUAAUGUUGAAUGUUUCAAAUGUCUCCACUUCUCCUGGUGGAACAGAUAUCGGACUUAGGACAUUGAUCAAGGGUUAUGGGGCACCUAUUGAUGUGCACCCACAUGAAUUAGACAUCACUAACAAAACCCAGAUGAUCCCUUAUUUGUCAAAGGAGGGCUCAGACAAUGAGCAGCUUGAUUUGAACUUGCAGGAUGCUUUUGCAGAUGUUUUCCAAUGGAUUUCUGACAUUAUGGAAUUCUGCCUACCAGAAGAAUACUCUAUGCUAGCCAAGAUAGUUAAUAUGCUCCCUGGAAAACCAGGAUUUCCAGUCACUCCUUUUUUAUCUCUUGUUGUUAAUAUUAAUGUGAGCACCACCGCUCAUAGGGAUGCAAGAAAAAAAGCUGCAUUAGCCUCAGAAGCUGAGGCAGAGAAAUCUGCUACGUGUAAGAGAGUAGCAAAAAUGUUGGCUGAUGAAGAAGAUUCUGAAGGAGACAACCUACAUGGCAAGAAAAUAUGUCUGAAUGGUGAUGAUAAUGACAACAAUGAUAAUGAGGAUGUUGCUGAUGAUGAUGACAAUGCUGAUGAUGGCAAGAAUAUGAUAGAUCAUAUUCUGUGUCCUGCAGAAAUAUCUAGUGAUGAUCUAGAUAAUUCUGUAGUACCUCCUUUAUAG